ACAACUCACCAACUAUUUGUGUGGAGAGUUGAACGUUACAGAAAACACGUCCAGGACGAACUCAAAUCACCGGGGAUGUCUAAUCAUUAAGAGAUUAUUGUAGCUAGGCCUAAGUUUAUUUAAAAAAAAGAUCCCACCAAACUGUAAUGGUGAGUGUUUUUUCGGAACAUCAAUUUUUUUAAACAUCUAUGUUUCGGGAACCUAAGAGAUUCUUGACAGGUACGGGUAAAUCAAGGACAGCAUGGCCUCGUUUGGGACAUUCUGGCUGCUUCUGGCGGUCUCAUUUCAAGGCGCCCAUAGCCUUCCUGCAGCUCCAGUGUCAACUCCCCACCUGCGCAGCAUGGAGAGCUUCAUCAGCGCCGUGGAGCAGGUGGAACAGUCCAACCCCACCCUGACCCCGCUGGCCCUGGUCAGAGCCUUACGGAGGAUCGCAGGCCACGACGACCCGCUCACCGUGCACUACCUCGGUGCCUCCAACCGCCACCCCGUCCUCUCGGCCACCCUGGACCAGGCCAUCCUGAACGCCUCCUCCUUCAGCUUCUUCGACAAGGCCGUGCACCACAUUGUGACGGACCAGGGGGAGGAGCGGGGGGUGGUGCUGGCCCCGGACGGCACCACGGUGGCCCUGGCUCCCCUGCUGCUGGGCAUCGAGGCGGGGCUGAGGGCCCGGGAGGCGGAGGUGGGGGCGGAGACAGAGCAGGAGGGCGGAGCGUCCGGCGUGGCGGCCUUUGGGGUCUUCCCCCUCACCCUGGGAAGGUCUCUGGGCCUGUCCUUCCUCAGCCUGCAGGACUUCUCGGCCGACCUGCGUCUCGGGCCCGGCGGCUGCUGGGACAGCGUGGAGCAGCCCAGGGUGUUCCGGCUGUCCCGGACGCCCACCCUGGCCACCGACGCCCUGAUCAACGGGGGUAUGGACGGGGCCAUCCUGGGCACCGCCCUCGGCAACCUGUCGCGGGCCGCCCCGCCGCCGCCGCCGACCAGGCUCAGCGCCACGCUGAGGGGGUACUACGGCUACGUGCUGAGCGAGGACCGCGGCCUGGAGGAGCUGAGGGGCCAUGCCAGCGCCAAGCGGCGGCAGAGCUCCAGGAGCCUGCUGGAGCCGCUGGACCCCGAGAGGCAGGUGAUGGAGACGCUGGUGAUGGUGUGGAAGCUGGAGAAGACGGAGUGGAUCGCCCUGGACGACGGCGUUGAGGUGUCGGUGAAGGAGGGGCUGAAGGCCUUCACUCACAUGUACUGGGACUGCCCUCCCAUUAUCUCUCGGUGCCAGUGGGGAGCGGAGGUCAUCCGAGGCACUCACUCGCCUCUGUCCCCCCCGCUGCCCUACCUCUACAUCCAUCACACCUACCAGCCCUCGACGCCCUGCCUGUCCUUCCCAGCCUGCUCCAGAGACAUGAGGGCCAUGCAGCGCUUCCAUCAGGACGAGCGGGGCUGGAAAGACAUCGGAUACAGGAGACAUCGCAGCCAAAAAGCCGGAGUAGCUGAAGGUUCGCACCUACAAUAAAGUGGACGAAAAUACCCCGGGAAAAGACUGUUCCAGCGUUGUUGUCCCAAGAGCACAGUGGUGAAACAGUUGACCAGUUGUUAAUAAUUAUAUAUAUAAUAUAUAUUGUAAACUGAAGAAGGUCCUUUUUCACAAAUGUCAGUGGACGGUAUAGCUUUAGUCAUUGUAAGUAGUAUGAGAAUGAUUCUUAAGCGACCUCAAUUUAAUGAACAAAUAUGAAAGAGUCACUUUCUCAAUCAUAUGCAUAUCAAGGCAUCUAUACAUGUCAAAUAUGUAAGCAGUAGUUAGAUAUAAUGGAAAUAAUGUUUUGUUUCCCGCACAUAGACAGAAUAAUGUUUUUCAAUUCUUGUUGGCCUCAAUCGUUUUCAUUUGAUGAAUUCUGGGCUUCAGAACAUGAAUGAAAGGCAUUUCAGCCCCGGAUCAUAAAAAAAAU